AUGCCGUCUACAUUUAGAACGUUGGAGCGCGAGCGCAUGUUCCGGGAGCCGUCCGACAAGGAAUAUGGUGUUCCCUUGUUGCAAGAAGUCAUCAAGCCUCACCUGGAUUCGUUCAACAGCAUCACCGAAUUUGGCGACGCAGGGGAAGGUCUGCUUGAUUACGCUGUCAAGGAUAUCGGCCGACAAUCCGUGUUUGAUAAUGUGCUUAAUGCCUUGAACGCCACCGAGGACGGUCAGAGUUUGGGUAACAAGCUUACCAUGUGGGUGGAGGAUCCCAAGAUUUUCCAGCCCAUGGUCAACGAACGAGACACCAUGACAUUGAAGCGCAAAACGUAUCCCUCGGAAUGCAGAGAAAGAUUAGUCACUUAUCGCGGCAAGCUUCAAGUCAAGCUUUGCUGGACAGUCAAUGACGGCCCUGUUCAGUCGGAUCAGCGAGAUCUCGGUUUGGUGCCUAUUAUGGUUCGAUCCAAUCGAUGUAAUCUCAAGAACAUGUAUCCCAAGGAGCUUAUCAAGCAUCACGAAGAAUCUGAGGAAAUGGGCGGUUAUUUCAUCGUCAACGGUAUCGAAAAGUUGAUCCGUCUUUUGAUUGUUCCUCGUCGUAACCACGUUACUGCCAUCAUUCGUAAUUCGUUCCAAAAUCGUGGCGCUACUUACUCUCAAUAUGGUUGCGCUAUCCGUUGCGCUCGCCGAGAUCAGACCACUCAGACCAAUACCGUGCAUUAUCUCGUCGAUGGUAACGCUAUGCUCCGUUUCGCUUGGCGUAAACAGGAAUACAUGGUUCCUGUUGUCCUUAUUCUCAAGGCGUUGGUGGAUACUUCGGACAAGGAAAUUUUUGACGCCUUGUCCCAAGGCGAUAUCAAGAACACUUUCUUGACCGAUCGUAUUGAAUUGCUUUUGCGCAGCUUCAAGAUCUAUUCAUUGUACACACGUGACGAUUGUUUACGAUACCUCGGUGAAAAAUUCAGAAUCAUCAUGGGCCUUGCCGAAGAUUUAUCGGAUAAGGAAAUCGGUGAGGAAGUGCUUCGCAAGAUCAUCUUGGUUCAUUUGAAUAAUGGACGCGAUAAAUUCAAUCUGUUGAUCUACAUGAUCCGCAAGUUGUAUGCUCUUGUUUCUGGUGCUUGUUGCCCUGAUAAUCCCGAUGCUCCUCAACAUCAAGAAGUGCUUUUGGGCGGUCAUCUUUACAACAUGAUUCUCAAGGAAAAGAUUUUUGACUGGUUAACCAGCAUCCGCCAGCAAGUCCGCAACGAAAUUCGUCUGACGCCAGCCAAGGUGGACUUUUUCAAUAAAAAUUACAUGUUGAAUGUCGUUCGUAAAGUGAGCCCUGAUAUCGGUAGCAAGCUUGCCUAUUUCUUGGCUACGGGUAAUCUCGUCAGUAAAACGGGUUUGGAUCUUCAACAGGCAAGCGGUUAUACAAUUGUUGCCGAAAAGCUCAACUUUUACCGUUACAUCUCUCAUUUCCGCUGUAUCCAUCGUGGUGCUUUCUUUGCUGAAUUGAAGACCACGUCUGUUCGUAAAUUGCUUCCAGAAGCUUGGGGUUUCCUUUGUCCUGUCCACACACCUGAUGGUGCUCCUUGUGGUCUGCUUAACCAUUUGGCUCACAAGUGCAAGGUCGUUAAUGAACCUUUGGAUGUCAGCCGUCUUCCGUCGCUUCUGGCUUCGUUGGGUGUUUCCCAGCCUGUAUUGCACUCGAUCAAUCGUCCUAGUGAUGUGGCAGUAUUGUUGGAUGGCCGUAUUGUCGGUUGGUGUACGCCCAAGACCGCCGAAAAGGUGGCUACCAGUCUCAAGGUGUGGCGUGUGAAUCGUCAAAAGGAUAUUCCCUUUGAUAUUGAAAUUGCCAAUGUUCCUGUAUCUUAUGGUGGUGAAUACCCUGGUCUUUACUUGUUCUCCAGCCCCGCUCGCAUGAUGCGUCCUGUUAAAUUCCUCGGUAAUGGCAAAGAAGACCGAGUCGGUACCUUUGAACAAGUCUACAUGGACAUUGCUUGUAUGGAUGACGAAGUGGAACCUGGUGUAACCACCCAUCAAGAAUUCGCUCCAACGAACAUGCUCAGUAUUAUCGCUAAUAUGACGCCUUUCUCUGAUUUCAACCAAUCUCCACGUAACAUGUACCAAUGUCAGAUGGGUAAACAAACCAUGGGUACUCCUGCUACGGCUUUGAGUCAUCGUACAGAUAACAAGAUGUAUCGUAUUCAGACUGGUCAGACGCCUGUUGUCCGACCCGAGUUACACAACGAUUACGGUUUGGAUGGUUUCCCCAACGGUUGCAAUGCCAUUGUCGCCGUCAUUUCGUACACGGGUUAUGAUAUGGAGGAUGCAAUGAUUCUCAACAAAUCCGCCCACGAACGUGGUUUCGGUUACGGUACGGUCUAUAAAUCCGAAAUUGUCGACUUGAACAGCCUUCGUCAACGAGGCGAGCCUAUUACAUAUCACUUUGGUUUGGAUGCCAGAGGCAAGAAGCUCAUGACCAAGUUGGGUGCCGACGGUUUACCACACAUUGGUACCUUGUUGCAAGCCGAUGAUCCAUUGUGCUCCUAUAUCGAUGAAUCGACGGGUCGAGCCAUUGUCAAGAAAUACAAGGGUCCUGAAGAUGCGUUUGUUGAUGAAGUUCGUUUGCUCGGCGAUGACAGCGGUACCACCGAAUUGCAAAAGGUGCACAUCAAGCUUCGUAUCACUCGUUCUCCCGUCAUUGGCGAUAAAUUCUCUUCUCGUCACGGUCAGAAAGGUGUCUGUUCACAAAAAUGGCCUGCCGUUGACAUGCCGUUUACCGAGUCCGGUAUGCAACCCGACGUUAUCAUCAACCCUCACGCUUUCCCUUCACGUAUGACCAUCGGUAUGUUUGUCGAGAGUUUGGCUGGAAAAGCAGGUGCCUUGCACGGCAUUGCUCAGGAUAGCACACCCUUCAAAUUUAACGAACAAUAUACCGCUGCUGAUUACUUUGGUGAACAGCUGUUAGCAGCUGGAUACAAUUAUCACGGCAAUGAACCCAUGUAUUCCGGUAUCACUGGUGAAGAAAUGAAAAUGGACAUUUACAUUGGUGUCGUUUAUUAUCAACGUCUGAGACACAUGGUGAACGAUAAAUUCCAAGUGCGUACAACCGGUCCUGUGCACAACCUUACCAUGCAGCCCGUGAAGGGCCGUAAACGUGCGGGUGGUAUUCGUUUCGGUGAGAUGGAACGUGAUUCUUUACUGGCUCACGGUACCAGUUUCUUGUUGCAAGAUCGUUUGAUGAAUUGUUCCGAUUAUUCACAAGCCCAUGUUUGCCGACUCUGUGGAUCGUUGGUGUCGCCAAUUUGUACCAAGAUCGUUUCCUCUCUGGCCAACAAGCGACAAUUCGAGUGCCGAACAUGUGGCACUUCCAAGGGCAUCGAUUUGGUGGCCAUUCCUUAUGUCUUCAGAUACCUGACCACGGAAUUGAUGAGCAUGGGUAUCCGAUUAACCUUGGGCAUUAGACCAUAA